AUGGAAGGCCGGAGAAAGCUGACUAUGGACUGGAACGCCCUCAGCGAUGUUGACGACGACGACGCCUUCUUCGAGUCAUACAACCGCCUAUCCACCGCCGUCCCUCACGACCUCGCCUCCUCCUCCGACGAUGAUGACGAUAACUUCGAUGACUCCCGCCUCUCCUUCGCCUCCGCCGUCUCCUCCGCCCACUCGCGCCAAAGCAGUGUCUCUCCCACGCCGGACCCCACUUCAGAUUACGGCGUGUGGAUGGCGGGCCCCGUCUCAAUCACCGAGCGGCGGAAGCGGUUGCUCCACGGCAUGGGCCUAGACGAUGACAAAGAUUUCUCGAAAGCCACAACGGUGGAAGUGGGUCACGCGGUUCCAAAGAACAACACCCCCGCUACCUCCGAAAAAUCAACACUUUCGGUAACUCCCACUAAUCCCAUUCCCGUGGCACCUACCGUUCUGGUUCGUUCGCGUUCCCAGGGAGACAUCGAGUUGUUCUCCAUGGAGAGGUUUAGAAGAGAAGAUUUAAUCGGAAAGGGCUCGAAGCAGCGGCUGACGAGAACCGCGACGGAGGUGGCUUUGCCCCGCGAGCUGACGGGAACGAGAAACAGAGCGGUGGUGAGGGAUUCCGACGAAGCAACCCCAUCCAAGAGGAAGAGCAAAAAAGUUGAGGAUUCGGGAGUGCGAGCGUUUUUCCUGAUAAAGAACUUGGACACGGGGAACGAGUUUAUCGUGAACGAGUUUACCGAAACCGGUGCGUGGAACAGGUUGAGUGAUUUGCAGACGGGGAAGCAGUUAACGAUGGACGAGUUUGAGAAUUCGGUGGGGAAGUCGCGCGUGGUGAACGAGCUUAUGCGUCGCGGUUCGAAGAACGAGGCGUCGCGGAAGCUGUCGUCGAGUUCGUACAUUUCGAGGAGUUUGAAGAUGAGCAAGAGAAGAGGGGUUGCGUUUUUUAAGAACAUAAAGGACGUGGCAAGUGGGAUCAUUGGAGAGAAAGAGAGGGAGGCGGCGGCGGCUGCGGCUGCGGCUGGGCAAGCAAACACGACAGCCGCGAGCGCUACGGCGGAGGCUGAGAAGAGUCAGUGGGUGCGAGUGCGGCAGAGCGGGAAGUCUUUCAAGGAGGUGUCGGCACUGCAUAUGUGUCAGGAGUUUCAGGCGCACGAGGGGAGCGUUUGGACGAUUCGGUUCAGUUUGGAUGGAAGGUUUCUGGCGAGUGCAGGAGAAGACAGGGUGAUACACGUUUGGGAAGUGCAGGAGUGUGAGGUUAUGUCGCUGAAACCCGACGAGGGGAGUCUCACUCCUCUUCACCCCUCCUUGCUUGCCUCCAACGACGGUUCGCCUUUCUCUCCUGCUGCUGCUGAGAAGAAGAAGAAGUGCAAAUUCGGAAGCAAAAAAGGCCCCUCCAUUCCUGAAUAUGUUCAUGUUCCUGAAACUGUCUUCUCACUCUCCCAAAAACCCUUCUGCACUUUCCGAGGACAUUCCGAUGAGGUUUUGGAUUUGUCAUGGUCUAAAUCUCUGGAUAAUUAUUUCGUGAGUGGUUCGCUGGACGCUAAGGUCAGAAUAUGGAGCAUCCCUGAACGCCAUGUUGUGGAUUGGACUGAUCUCAAUGAUUUGGUUACUGCAGUGUCAUAUACACCUGAUGGUCAGGGUGUUUAUGUUGGUACCCAUAAAGGUAGUUGUCGUACAUAUAGCACGGAAGGAUCAAUUGAGGUUCGACACAAGAAGAAAUCCCAACUGAGAAAGGUCACUGGUUUCCAGUUUGCUCCAGGCAAACCAUCAGAAAUUCUUGUAACUUCAGCAGAUUCAAGGAUAAGAAUUUUGGAUGGUUCAGAGGUCGUUCAAAAGUACCAAGGUUUUCGAAAUGCAAACAGUCAAAUUGCAGCUUCAUUUAGUCCAGAUGGGAGAUAUAUUAUAUGUGCCAGUGAAGAUUCUCAAGUAUAUGUGUGGAAGCAUGAAGAGCACAAAAGUGCAGGCACUGGAAAAGGUAGAAAUGUGCUAGUUACCCGUGCUCACGAGCACUUCCAUUGUAAAGAUGUUUCAAUAGCAAUACCAUGGCCUUGUACCAUAAAAGGUGAUCCCCCAGUAGUGCCAAUGCAUCAUUCCAAAAAGUAUUCAAAACGUUUUCACCCAGGCUCUAAUAGUGAAGAAACACCUUCGCCAUCUGCUGGUAAGAGAGUUCUUCCACCCCUUCCCAGGAAGAGUAAUAGCCUUGUCUCAGACGGAGCUUCAAAUUCCCCUAGGGAAGACCCUCCAGCAACUUCUCACACAGAAUCUGGACAUGGUGAUUCAUAUGCAAACCUUAAGAGAACAAUGCCACAGUCUCCACUGAAAGUUAACUGCCACCCCACAGAGGAAUAUGACCUUGACUUAAUUUCAGGCUCAGAUUCAGGAUUUAGUGAUUCAUUUAGUUCUAGCUCUUCCUCAUCUUGGUAUAAUGAUUCACAUUCUUCAAGUGCAUCAUGGUCCUCAUUAUUGGAUAGUGGCAAUGUUUCCUCCACAGUUCUUCCUUCAGCAUGGGGUUUGGUAAUUGUGACAGCUGGGUAUGGAGGUGAGAUCAGAUGUUAUCAAAAUUUUGGGUUGCCUAGAAGAGCAAGUGAAAUGGGUAAAGUAGCUGUUGCUGCAAUUGUGAGCUCAUGGGUUAUCCCUAUCACCUUACUCGUCAAUCGCAUAGUUCCCGAUCCAUAUAUGGAUGAGAUAUUUCACAUCCCACAGGCUCAGCAAUACUGCAGGGGCAAUUUUGGAAGUUGGAAUCCUAUGAUAACCACUCCUCCUGGCCUGGUGGAGGAGGAAGGUUCUGAUAGGCCUCAACAACCAGCAAAAAACUUGUACUAUCUUUCACUUGCCCAUGCUGCUUCUUUAUUUCCAGGCUUUUACUCUGUGCAAGCUGCUUCAUCCUUCUCUGCUACGUGCUCUACUGCUAUUCUUCGAUCAGUUAAUGGUGUCCUAGCAGUUGUAUGCAGCAUAAUUUUUCAUGGCAUAAUUACUCACUUGAAGCCUAGUCUUGAUGAUAGAAAGGCAAUGCUUCAUGCCGUAAUUUUAUCCUUGUACCCACUCCAUUGGUUCUUCACUUUUCUCUAUUAUACAGAUGUUGCAUCUGUUACUGCAGUGCUGGCUAUGUAUCUCGCAAGUUUGAAGAAGAAUUACUGGUUAAGUGCUUUGAUUGGAGCCUUUUCAGUUGUUAUUCGACAGACCAAUAUUAUAUGGGUUCUUUUUGUUGCAUGCAAUGGAAUCAUAGAUAUUUCUCUGAAACAUGGAAAGGAUCAUCCAAGAGCAGCCCACUCUGAUGUAUCUUUCAUUAAACCUAGUUUGGCAUAUGCUACUGGCACAAGUAAAAUGGGUUCACAUAUUCGAAAGCGAAAGUCUGUUCAAUUUGGAGAUUCUGUGGAGAUCUCUUUACCCAGUAAACAUGGAUCUUCUCCUUUCCCUUCUUCAGGUUUAGUUGAUGAAAUUCAGAUAAUUCUUUUAGUAUUAUGGCAUAAAAAGUGGGAGCUUUUGAUUUCAUUUGGCCCCUAUCUCAUUGUUUUGGUAGCCUUUCUUUCAUUUCUACAUUGGAAUGGAAGUGUUGUUCUAGGUGCAAAAGAAGCCCACACAGUUACCCCACAUUUGGCCCAGAUACUUUACUUUAGUUUGGUUUCUGUUUUAGCCCUGGCUCCACUGCAUUUCACUCGUACCCAGGUUACUGAUGUGUUGCAGUUGUUUUGGAAAUGCAGGCCCCUUUGUUUCUUGCAGGGGUUCCUAGCCCUUAUUGUUGGCUUUCUCUCAGUACACUUUUUCAGUGUAGCUCACCCAUACCUCAUUGCUGAUAAUCGGCAUUACCCUUUCUAUCUUUGGAGGAAAGUCAUUAUGGGUCACUGGUCCAUUCAAUACCUUCUGGUUCCAAUUUACAUCUGUUCGUGGCUCUCCAUUAUCCAUAUGUUGGGGAAAUUUCGAAAUAAAAUCUGGGUUUUGGCAUACUUUUUGGCUACAGCUGCUGUUCUUAUACCAGCUCCACUGAUAGAGUUUAGAUAUUACACCAUACCAUUCUAUUUCCUGGCGCUUCAUUGUAAUAUUAACGAUACUCAAAGUUGGCUCUUCACAGGAAUGCUAUACAUUGGUGUCAAUGUCUUUACUAUGAUGAUGUUUCUGUUCAGGCCAUUUCAUUGGGAUCAUGAGCCUGGAAUUCAAAGGUUUAUUUGGUGA